CGUUGCAUUCGAGGUGGUCUAUUUUUGACUCCCAAGACGGUAGAAGUUUGGCGUGCCCCUAUAAAUUGCGAAUCGUCACUCCAUUUCAGCACAGUUCGAUCAGUUUCAUUGCUUAGUGCACAUCACUCAUUCAUUCCCGAAAAAUGGCUUUCAAGUUUGUUACUUUCCUCGCCCUGGUGGCCGCUGCCCAAGCCGGAGUCAUCUCCAGCCCAGCUCUGUCCUAUGCUGCCGCCCCAGCUCUGUCCUACGCUGCCGCCCCAGCCCUUUCAUAUGCCGCCCCACUUGCCAAGACUGUCUCCUAUGCCGCUCCUUUGGCCACCAAGACGCUCGUCGCUGCCCCUCUGGCCAAGACCGUCGUCGCCGAUGAGUACGAUCCAAACCCACAGUACUCUUUCUCCUACGGAAUCUCCGAUGCCCUGACCGGUGACCAGAAGGAACAGCAGGAAUCCCGUCAAGGAGACAACGUCCAAGGAUUCUACUCGCUGGUUGAUGCUGAUGGAUUCAAGCGUACCGUUGAGUACACUGCCGAUCCAAUCCACGGAUUCAACGCCGUCGUCCACCGUGAGCCUCUGGCCGUCAAGGCUGUUGCCCCAGUUGCCAAGGUUGUAUCCGCUGCCCCAGUCGCCUAUGCCGCUCCAGUUGCCAAGACCAUCUCCUACGCUGCCCCAGCCGUGACCAAGACCAUCGUGUCCCAGCCAGCUUAUGCCAGCUAUGCCGCUCCUCUGGCCACCAAGACCAUCCUGUCGCAGCCAGCUUACGCUAGCUACGCUUCCCCAGCCCUGUACCACUAUGCUGUGAACAACUACUUCUUCCGAUCAUCAAACAUGGCUUUUAAGUUCCUGACCUUCUGCGCCCUGGUGGCCGUUGCCCGUGCUGGAGUUAUCGCUCCAGCUGGCGUUGCUUACGCAGCUCCUCUUGCCAAGACUGUGGCUUAUGCUGCUCCAGCUGCCCCACUUGCAUAUGCUGCCCCAGCUGCCCAAAUUGCUUACGCUGCCCCAAUUGCCAAGACCAUCGUCGCUGCCCCGGUCGCCAAGACGCUCGUCGCUGCCCCACUGGCCAAGACGGUCGUCGCUGCUGACGAAUACGACCCACAUCCAGAGUACUCCUACAGCUACGGAAUCUCCGAUGCCCUGACUGGUGACCAGAAGUCCCAGCAGGAAUCUCGCCAUGGAGAUGCCGUCCAGGGAUCAUACUCGCUGGUCGAUGCUGAUGGAUUCAAGCGCACCGUUGAUUACACCGCUGACCCCAUCAACGGAUUCAACGCCGUCGUCCACCGUGAGCCUCUGGCCGUCAAGGCUGUUGCCCCAGUUGCCAAGGUCGUUGCCGCUGCCCCAGUUGCCUAUGCCGCCCCUGUGGCCAAGACCAUCUCAUACGCUGCUCCAGCUGUGACCAAGACCAUCGUGUCCCAGCCAGCCGUGGCCUAUGCUGCUCCAGCUUACGCCUACCACCACUAAACGAUCAAGACUGUCAAGAAGUACAAGUAGCACCAGCCAAGGAACCCCAUUUAUGAUUUUUCAUUUGCAUUUUGAAACCAAGGUGAGCUCAGCCCCGUUCUCGCCGACCUGUAAAAAUUGAACACUGCAACUAUUUAUUUUUUCGUUUGAAAUACAUCAAUCAAUGAAACAUAAAAUCAA